GUGUCAAAGUAACCCUGCGGUUAUGUAGAAAAGAGUAUGUAAAAUGAGGUCGAGAGAUUUCGAAAAGUCUAGCUAGACUAGAGAAAACACAACAACUGGUUACCCAGUAUUUAAUAACUUAGAGUAUCCUCAGUUGUAGGGUAAAGAGCAACCUCGCCUGGUGGCUGCAGUUUGGCUGCAGAUCUGACUCACGUUAUCAUCCUCUGUCCAACGUCCGUUGAGUGCUGGGAAUUGCCGAUGUUGGCACACCAGGAAUUCCUCGUGAAAAAACAAAACAACACCCAUUGCUCGGUCAGUCUAGGAAAGUGUGUUGGACCAGACAGAUCGAACUAGUCUGACUUGUCAGUUACGAAUAGUCGGAAACUAAUUGGACUUUCCCGUCACGAACCCGUUUCAACAUUUCAUUCGUGCAGCUGUUUUAAUUUUCUGGCUCGGCGUUGAAAAAAAUUUUAGCUUUCAAUCACAAUAGAGAAGACCACUGAGCAAGAAUGGAUUUCUUCCGUUCGGGUUUAAAAAGUUUCGGCCUAGGUGGCUUUAGAAUGGAUGACAGUACGGCGAAUUUGGUCGCAAAUUUUGCCAGCGGAGGGCUCGGCAUGGCCCUCGACCAAAUCUCCCGGACCGCUUUGCCUAGUCGUCGGAAGGAUCCACCCCCACCAAGACCUCCCUGUCCCUUCAAAGUGUUGGGCGAAAAAGGUACAGGAAUCAAAGGUCGCACCACCGUGCAAGAUUUUGUUCAAUUACGGGACAGCUGCUUAGAAAAUGGAACCCUAUUUGAGGAUCCUUCUUUCCCGGCGGAGGAUUCUUCCAUCUACUAUAGCCGACGAUCUGCUCGUAAUUUUGAAUGGUUGAGGCCCACGGAUAUUGUCGGAGAUCCUCAACUCUUCGUUGAGGGAGCUUCUCGAUUUGAUGUGCAACAAGGCGAAUUGGGUGAUUGCUGGCUACUUGCUGCUAUGGCCAGUUUAACUCUCAACGAACGACUGUUUCAUCAAGUUGUUCCUGAAGAUCAAAGUUUUACCGAUAAUUAUGCUGGAAUUUUUCAUUUUCGGAUUUGGCAGUACGGAAGUUGGGUCGAUGUGGUGGUAGACGACCGCUUGCCAACAUGUGACGGAAAACUGGUCUUUUUGCAGUCACACACCAAAAAUGAAUUUUGGAGCGCUCUAUUGGAAAAAGCAUAUGCCAAGCUCCAUGGUGGCUACGAAGCCCUCAAAGGCGGAACUACAUGCGAGGCCAUGGAAGAUUUUACUGGGGGUGUGAGUGAAAUGUACGAACUCAAUCAAUCUCCCCCGAAUCUGUUCAAGAUUCUACUGAAAGCUCACGAGCGCUCAUCACUAAUGAGUUGCGCAAUCGAGCCGGAUCCCGAUCAAUUGGAAGCUGAAACUCCGAUGGGGUUGAUCAAAGGACACGCUUACAGUAUUACAAGCGUCAAAAUGAUGGAUAUCCGCACCCCUCGAAUGUCUGGACAGAUUCCCAUGAUUCGUAUUCGAAAUCCUUGGGGAAAUGAAGCCGAGUGGAAAGGCGCAUGGAGCGAUCAAUCUCCUGAGUGGCAGUUUAUUCCGGCGGAAGAAAAAGAAGAGGUUGGUCUGACUUUCGAUCGAGACGGAGAGUUUUGGAUGUCUUUCCGCGAUUUUUCAGCCCAUUAUUCUCGCCUGGAAAUCGUGAAUUUGAAUGCUGACUCGCUGGAAGAGGAGGAAUUGUCCGGUAACCAAUCCAAACGUUGGUCUGCAAAUGAAUUCGCUGGAAACUGGGUAAAGGGAGCAUCUGCUGGCGGCUGCAGGAAUCAUUUAGCCACUUUUCAUCUGAAUCCACAGUACCGCAUUACUUUGGAGGAUCCCGAUGACGACGAUAACGACGAUAAAUGCACGGUGAUUGUGGCAUUGAUGCAGAAGAACCGCAGAGCUCAGCGGAAAAUUGGUCUAGAUUGCCUCACAAUUGGAUUCACCAUUUAUCUUCUGAAAAAUCCGGAUACGGCGCCAAAACCCCUAGACAAUAAAUUUUUCAAGUAUAACGCGUCUGUCGCCCGUUCACCAUCUUUUAUCAAUCUCCGUGAAGUCAGCUGUCGCUUCAAGCUUCCACCGGGUGUUUACGCCAUUAUACCGUCCACUUUCGAACCAAAUGAAGAGGGAGAAUUCAUUUUGCGAGUCUUCUCCGAAAAGAAGAAUAACAUGGAGGAGAACGACGAAGAAGUGGAUAUCGGCGAAGCAGACGAACAAGGUAAAACUGGCCGGAAGCACAACGAUGGCAAAUACUUUUAUCACGUAAAAAGUAAUGAUACUUUUGACGACUCCAGUGACGUCGUCCAGCUCUUCCGUCGUGUUUCCGGAGUUGACAUGGAGAUUGAUUGGGUUGAACUGCAAAACGUUCUUAAUACUUCCUUCCAGCGUGAAUCUUCAGAGGAGUUCGCGUUCGAGGGAUUCAGCAAAGACGUCUGCCGCAGCAUGAUCGCCAUGUUAGACUCGGACCAUUCAGGAAAACUUGGCUUCGAAGAGUUCAAAAAAUUAUGGUCUGACAUUCAAACAUGGAAGAACACAUUUAAACUAUACGAUCGUGAUCAUAGCAACACACUUAGCACCUUGGAGUUGCGUUCCGCCCUUCAUGCAGUUGGCUAUCGCCUCAACUAUCACGUACUAAACGCACUCGUUUUGCGUUAUGGCAACCGGCAAGGCACUCUGGCAUUUGAUGAUUUUAUUAUGUGUGCCAUCAAAAUGAAAUCAAUGAUUGAGGCUUUCAAAGAGCGGGAUCCUUACAACACCAAACGCGCAACCUUUACACUCGACGAAUGGAUUGACAAGACUCUAUAUUGUUAGAUCUAUUAAUAUUUAUAUUGUUGUGGACAUUUACCGAACAUUUUUCGGACUAAUUAGCAUCAAGCUAUCCACGUUUGUUGAGCUUUAGAACACUUCCAUUAGCUUGUUUUUCAUCUCUUUUUACAUCCAAUUUUCGAUCAACAUAUACAGUACAUGCAUUUAAAGAUGCCGAAAGAGUAAAUUUUGCUUCCCAUUGAAGUUGAUUUGCAUGCUGCUUGUAUCUUUUUGCCUCGCCAUUUUGAUUCAUUUUGUCGUUGCUUUUGAACGUUUAAGAUGUUCAAUAAGAAGACUCCUAUCUAAAGAAAAUGGUUUCAAUCUACGCUGCCUCUUAAACCUAAAUGGAAUGGGACUUUUUCUCAUAUUCUGAACAAUAUACAUCCUAUUAAAUAAUA